CAACAACAACAACAACAACAACAAUCAUUAUCAAGGUGCAAGGACUGGUCAAGAUCAACAGAAGAUGAGAAGAGACGCCCAGCCAGACAGUGACACAAAAGAUAAGGAUUAUGAUGUGAAUGUGCCACUCCCAUCAAAAUCUGCACUUCUGUCUCCUGCUACAAACCAAAUGGAAAAUGAAAAACUCAACAACAACAACAACAACAAUCAUUAUCGAGGUGGAAGAAUUGAGGAAGUUAAACGGAGGAUGAGAAGAGACGCCCAGCUGGAUAGUGACACAGAUGAAGAUGAGGAUGAGGAUGAUGCUGGGACAGAGAUUGCUUUUGUGCUGGAUGGCUCUGGUAGCAUUCAACAUGAUGACUUUCAGAGAGCCAAAGACUUUAUCUACAAUGUCAUGUUUAAUGUUUGGAACACAUGUUUCGAUUGUAACUUUGCAAUAGUGCAAUAUGGUAGUAAGAUCAGGACAGAGCUCUCACUACUAGACAAUGACAACGGGGCCAGAACCUUGCAAAAGGUCAAAGAAAUACAGCAAAUUUACAAUCUCACAAAGACCGCCUCAGCCAUCCAUCAUGUCCUCACAGAUAUUUUCAUCCCUGAGAAUGGAUCAAAGAUUGACUCCAAAAAAAUAAUCAUUGUAUUGUCUGACGGAGAAAUUUUGGGAGACAAUAUGAUUCUUUCUGAUGUUUUGAACAUGCCACAAAUGAAAGGUGUCACUCGCUAUUCCAUAGGAGUUGGUGACGGCAUUCUGAAAAAACCUAAAGCAAUACAAGAGAUGACGGACAUAGCAGACCGUGGCAAAUUUUUCAAUGUUUCCAAUUAUGCUGCAUUAGAUGACAUUCUGUCAUCACUGCAACAAAGUUUAAUUGGAAUUGAAGGCACUCAGCAAGGUGCAGGAUUUCAGUUCCAGCUUGCUGAAGCUGGAUUCAGCACCCAUCUCAUGCAGGAUAAUUCUUAUCUUUUUGGAGCAGUUGGAGCCUAUGACUGGAGUGGUGGACUCUUUUUGCAAUCUGGUGACACUGUGCAAUUCUUGAAUGACUCUAAUAAUGGACCCAAAUUUUCCUAUUUAGGUUACAGUGUCACUUCUGCUAAAGUAAAACCCAGUACAACACUCUACAUAUCUGGUGCACCACGGUAUAACUUGACUGGUGGGGUAUUUAUUUUUAACGGCUCUGAAAAGUAUGUGCUCCAGGGAAAUCAGGUUGGAUCUUACUUUGGAUCGGUUCUUUGUGCCUUGGACAUUGAUAAAGAUGAAUACACAGAUUAUCUAUUAGUCGGAGCACCACAUUUUCAUCUAAAUGGAGAAGAAGGCAAAGUGCUAGUGUACAAACUGAAUCAGCAAGACAGGUUUGAGAGCGUGUCCAGGGAGCUGAAGGGAGAUGAAGGACAGACCUUCGCCAGGUUUGGUGCAGCCAUUGCCUCUAUAGGAGAUAUUGAUGGGAACAAGUUCAAUGAUGUAGCAGUUGGCGCUCCUCUAGAAACAGAUUCCUCUGGAAGCAUUUACAUUUACAAUGGAUUCAAACAUGGACUUAACUUUUCACAAAAAAUUUCACCCUCAGAUUUUGGAAUGAAACUUGUGCACUUUGGUCUGUCAGUAAGUGGUGCACCUGCUAUGGCAUCAAAUAAGUCCUCCAUCGCUGUUGGAAGUCAAGGGGGGGUGAUUGUUUUCGACACAAUCCCUGUUAUUGUUAUCAAACCAGCUAUAAUAAUUACUCCAGAUGUCAUUCCUCUCAAUCAACAGAUGAUUGAAAUAUCCAGCACGUUUGACAUAAUGUUCCACAUAUGCUUUGAAGUGAUUAAUGAAAAGCUUCAAAUUGAACUUCCUAUUAAGUACCAAAUUGCCUUGGAUUUUGGAGUAAACAAAAAGCGCCUCACUGUUGACGGCAGAGAUCUCUUAGAAAACACUUUCAGCUUGACAUCAGAUGUAGAGUGUCCACCUGUUAUCAACCUAAAAUAUUUGGGCUGUUUUGAUUGUUUUUCACCUAUUAAAAUCAAGCUGAAUUUUUCAUUGGAUCUCCACCCAAAUGAAGCCCCUCUACGAAUCCUUGAUGCAUUUACUCCAACAGAGGUUGUAAAGGAGGUAAAAUAUUUGUAA